ACGGAGUUUUAUGGCCGACACCGAGGGAGGCAUAUCGGUGGAGUGAACUGUAGACCUUAAACCGAUAAAGGCGAUAAGUACUCGGUGUUUGCUCCAUAGUCCUUGGUGAAGAUGUGGUGAAGCUAGCAUUUGAUAAGUCUGUGAUUCACACCUUUUUUUUGUCAUUUACUUUUCUCCCAUCUCCUACCUCCGUCCUGAUCAGGGGGAAAUCAAUGGCCGAAGACAAGCUUAACAUUGACAGUAUCAUCGCCCGUCUCUUGGAAGUUCGGGGAUCAAGGCCAGGUCGCAAUGUGAAUCUGACAGAGCAAGAGAUUCGUGCUCUAUGCCUGAAGUCUCGGGAGAUUUUCCUCUCUCAGCCAAUAUUAUUGGAACUGGAAGCUCCUCUCAAGAUUUGUGGAGACACCCAUGGCCAGUACUAUGAUCUGCUGCGGCUUUUCGAGUAUGGUGGAUUUCCUCCUGAGUCCAAUUAUCUUUUCCUUGGGGAUUAUGUGGACAGAGGGAAACAGAGUCUGGAAACAAUCUGUCUCCUGUUCGCCUACAAGAUCAAAUAUCCUGAGAACUUCUUUCUCCUACGUGGUAAGAGAAGAUAUAACAUCAAAAUUUGGAAGACAUUCACUGACUGCUUCAACUGCCUUCCGGUGGCAGCCAUUGUUGAUGAGAAGAUCUUUUGCUGCCAUGGGGGGCUGAGCCCAGAUCUUCAGUCGAUGGAGCAGAUCCGACGAAUCAUGAGACCUACGGAUGUCCCCGAUCAGGGUCUCCUUUGUGACCUCCUCUGGUCUGACCCUGACAAGGACACAAUGGGAUGGGGAGAAAAUGAUCGAGGUGUCAGCUUCACUUUUGGUCCUGAUGUGGUUGCCAAGUUCUUACAAAAGCAUGACUUUGACCUCAUCUGCCGUGCGCACCAGCCAGCAGAGAGAAAGAAAGCAGGAUACACAGGGAUUGCAUCAGGGCGUCCUGUGACUCCACCAAGAGGAGCAGCUGGAAAGGCCAAGAAGAAAUGAUGCAAAUUUUUUCUGAUCAUCAGAUCACCUUGCAUGUCUAUUGAAGACAGACAGGGACAGGGGCAGAUAGAAGAGCACAUCUUAUUGACAGUGAAUUUGGUGAACUCCCUAGUGAAGCUGUGAGAUGUGCUUCUUUUCUAUCCUCUCCCCCUUAUCUGGUUUAUUUUUGGCUUAUUUUUUAGAAUUUUCUUGUUUUUCUUUAUCAUCAUCAGAGGUCCCAGACUCAGCAGACACAUGAAUUCCUUGUUAUCAUUCUAUAUAUAUUUUUCCCUUGUGGAAGGAUCCACUUUCCUGUCAGUUGUGGCUGGUGCUGCAUCAUCCAGGCAAAACAAAGCUUCCCUUUCUUUUUUUUUUCAUACUUGACCAGAGUUAUUAUUCACCAUCGUCAUCCUCAUCAUCAUCAUCAGCAGCAGCAAUUGUGGAUGAAGUGUGAGAAGAUGUUAUUUCAUCGUGAUCUCCCUUUUUGUUGAGAACCAAGCAGCAGUAGUUGCGUUCCCCAUAGAAACGCAAGAAUCAGCUGUGAUGAGAGUGUAGAAUCCACCUCUCUCUGAUGAACGGACAUCAUUCCGAGAAAGAGAGAGAGAGAGAGAAAAAGAAAGAAAGGAGCUCCAUUGCUCACUUCACAUCCUCAUCAUUUCAUUUCUCGCCUCCUGUACAAUUCCCUUUGCAACCCAGAAUAAACUAAAAGAGCAAGAGAGAAACUACA